AUGCUACUAUUAUGUGCUGGCUGCAGUAGACCGGUAAGUGUGUUAGCCACUGCUGCGUCGAACUGUAUUGUCAAACAAAAGAGGACGAUUGCUAGGAUACCUCACUGGGAGUACCACAUUAGAUUUGAUCCAAAAGAAGGUAGGAAACGCCCUUGCCAGGAUGUACUGGAUCGUUUUAAAAGAUUGAAUAGUGGGAUGUGGAUUCAUGCCAGACCUGGAAAGUACAAAAAACGCUAUGCUAAAGAUGAAAACUAUUUAAAAACGAGCUUAUAUUAUGAGACUUGUACUAAGGAAGAAUGCUUUAUUCUUGACCGGACUAUGACACCUUUCUGGUUAAGGCCUCAUUAUUAUGUGGAUGAUCCUUAUGAGCCCUACCACGUCAGACAUGGACUGACUUCUCCGCGAUUGGGUCUGAACAACAAGUUGGCGAGGGAGAGACCGAAAAUUCUUCUUGAUGAUACGACGGCUGAAAAGUACUUUAGAGAUCGCUGA